CGUGCCUUUUGAAACGCGUGUAAUAAUCUAUGCCACAAUAAUUUAAAGCAAAGUUAGUUCAGAAAUGCCUGCCGAUAUUGACACCCCCGUUGCCGCAAUACGCCUACGCAUGCUGCUGACCGUUGGUCUGCAAAGUGUCCUUAAUGCCGUCGCCGGUAUUACCGUCAUCGUUCUGCCACCGCUCAUUAUUCAAGGCGCGGUGCCGAUUAGUCUGUACUGCAUCGGCGGUGUACUGCUCUUUUUUGCGCUGCUCGGACUCUUCUGGAUCUACAGAAUACGUUUCAGCGACAGUAAAUCCCACCGUUUUCCUACAAUCUUCCCAACAUCCCAGUCCAGCGAAUCCUUGUGCAUCCUUGUCAUUUUCAAGCGCUACACGUACUCUCUGCUGUGCAUCCUGCUGCUGACCUUUAUCCCGGUACUAAUCCAGAUCCCCAACGAUAUUGUCAACCGUCGCGUUAGCCGAUUGAUUGAGUGGCCGAUCUUCACAUGGGCGGCGACGUUCUUCCUAAAUUUGGCGUGUUUCAUCGGGAAUGUCGUGAUGGCUGAACGGUACGCGGAGCGAUUGAAAAGGAGCACGGCGCGGCGCGCGUCACUGGCAUGGCAUGGAGGGCGCCACAGUCGGAUGGUCCGCCGCCACCGUUUGAACCGUUGCCGGCACUGCUUGCCGUUCAACGCUAAAGGAACCAUUGCAAUUGGGUGUCUCAAAUUUUUUAAUUCAAUUAGACCAUUUUUAGCCGUGCAAAUAACUUGGUUUUUUGUUUUAUGUGUCCAGUUCCCUGUGAAAUUGCUAGUCAUACUUUUGACGCAUUAGAUUUUGUAAUUACUGUUAGUGCGGUAAUCAGUCUUCUUAUCAUUUUUGAGUAAUUCAAAUAAUCGAAGAGAACUCGUUGUAAAUCGCAAAUUAUGUACGACAUACG